CUGGUCAGACAAGAUAAGCUAGGAAACACACACCUGUGUACCUUCAGGCAUGCCACCGGGGAUUGUCAUAGCAGCGGUUGAGGUCAUUCUCAUCCUUUGUGUAGGCCAUAACAAAGCAGCGUCGUCGUUGUAUUGUCGCAGCUGCGUUGAUGUCCACAGCCCUGCUUCCUGCACAAACAUACGCUCAUGUAAAGCUAAUCAAAUGUGUUCCACGCGGGAAAUGAGGAGCCUCAACGGGGACGUCGUCUACACGCUUGGGUGCGACAACAGCGACGUAUGCAGCUCGCAUGUUUUGGGUCCUGUCAUCGGACGUCGUGCAUCCUCUGGUUGUUUUCAAUGCUGCGGAAGUAACGAAUGCAAUGCUGGACUAUGUGCCCUUCAGCCACCGACAACCCCACACAGUAGCCUACCCAUUGGUGUCGUUGAUCAUUGCAACCCGAACCAUUGUGCCAACGGCGGAACCUGCGUAGAGAGGGUGGAUGGGUUCGUGUGUGAGUGUGCGUCGGGGUACACCGGUAUGAACUGCAAUAUCUCGGACCUGUGUGCCUCGGACCCGUGUCUGCAUGGGGGCAAAUGUCUGGAUACCAAAACAAGCUACGUCUGUGACUGCACUGGUACUGGCUACGACGGCUUUACGUGUCAGGUGCCCUACGAUGACUGCCUGUCACAACCCUGUCUCCACGGCUCUACCUGUAUUGACGGGUUUAAGAACUGGACUUGCAAGUGUGUUGCUGGCUUCGCCGGAAAUAACUGUGAAGUAGAACUCAGCGCAUGCGUAUCCAACCCGUGUCUCCAUGGAGGCACGUGCGUCGACACACAUGCUGGGUCAAAUCCAGGUCAAACAAGCCCGGGUUUUCACUGUCAAUGCGUUGAGGGUAUAGCGGGUGAUCGUUGCGAGACGAACUACGACGACUGCUGGGUGAAGCCAUGUAAGCACGGCACCUGCGUGGAUGGCAUCAACUCCUACACUUGCGACUGUACCGGUAGUGGCUACUCUGGUGUACUCUGUGAACACAAGCUCACCAACCAGUGUUUGAAUCAUCCGUGCCAGAAUGGCGGCACAUGUAUUCAAGAUGGCGACGACUACCACUGCGAGUGUCUUGCCUUCAAAGAGGGGCUAAUAACUCAUGGGGGCAAAAAUUGUUCUGUACUUUUGCGAGGUUGUGAGAAUGUUCAUGCCUGUCAAAACAAGGCUCUAUGUGUUCCCGUUCUUCUGAAUGAGGCUAAAAAUAUCAAUGGCUACACCUGUUCCUGUGCACAUGGCUUCAUUGGUGCGGUAUGUGACACGACCACAAUCAUGACGGUGUCGCCAUCGACUUUCAUCAGGAAGACCUACUCUUCUGGCUUCAACCUCACGAUGAGAUUCAGGACAGGACAGUCUAAUGGGGUUUUGCUCUAUAAUCGGGUUGGAAACGCAUUCGUCAGCGUUGAGAUCGUCAAUGGCUCACUGUAUCUUGUGUCGGGCGAUACCUUCGGCUACAAUGACACCCAGGAAGCUCUGACGUCACUUCCGCUUGAUGACUCGCAAUGGCACAGCCUCAGUCUGGUGUACGAUGGCAACACCACCCUAUCCCUCAUGGACCCUCUCUGUAACACGACUGACGAUUGCAUCUUAUCCUCUACCGGUCCUACUUCCGCCAGUUCACUUAGAGAGCAUUUCAUUGGUCGGGUUCCUGUGACGCCAUGGCGUCAGGGCACUGUGUCCAAACGCGAUUUUGACGGAUGUGUCGAAGAUGUCAUAUUCAACUCUGAUGUUAUCAUACCGGAUAAUUAUGGUGUGGCGGAGUUCCAUGGAAUCAAGAUGGAUUGCCCAGCCUGUCUGCCAGGGACAUGUGACGGUAUUGGCAAGUGUUACCCUCGCGGAAAUACAAGCUUCCAGUGCUGCGCGGGAAUACACAACGGAGUAUGUUUCAAUGAUAACGGAGUAACGUGUAACUUUGAUGCUGGUCUCUGUGGUUGGGUCCAGUCAGGAAAUGAUGUCUUUGACUGGACCAGGUUUCAAGGAGCGACGGGUUCAACUGACACCGGGCCAUCGGGUGAUCACACAUCGGGAUCAGGAUACUACAUGUACACUGAAGCUUCGAGUCCAAGGUCCCAAGGAGAUACUGCUUCUCUCCUCUCCCCACGUUUUGACGUCACCAGCAAAAUGUGUCUACAGUUCUACGCACAUAUGGUAGGGAGUACGAUGGGCUCCUUAGAGGUUUAUGAAGAGUACAACGGUCAGAGGACCACUUUAUUCACGAAAAAAGGAAGCCAGUCUGGUCAGUGGUUCCCUGUUAGUAUCAACCUGCUGCAAAAGACGAACGUGCUCAUUGAGAUCAAGGGCACCGUCGGCAACGGCUACUACAGCGACAUGGCCAUUGACGACGUUUUCCUCCUUCAGGGCACUUGCCCUUGAAACUCAAGUGAAAUCUUGUUAUGCCGAACUCGAAAUAGCCUGUUAUGUCGAAAUUCCUGUAAUAUCCCUUCUGCACCAGUAACUUUAUGUUUGCAAAUCAAGUUUAAAUUGUACUUGGAUGUACAAUGAAUGCGUCAUAUUGGGAGCAUUGAAUACGUUUAUUGUGCAUCAUGUUCAAUAAAAGCAUCAAAGCCAGGACGCUCUUCAGGCUCAGUUCAUGGAUCCUGGUUAGCUAAAUCACGAGAUGUUA